CGUUCUCCUAAAUUAAAACACAUAACAAGAGCACUUGUAUAUUUCUCAAAGCUUACAAACACAAAACAACUCUUAUACCAUCAUGUCUUCUCAAAUGUUCUUGUCUUUGGUUCUCUUCUUUGCUUCUUCUCUCCUCCUUCAAGGAACUUUAGGUGAGAUCGUAUGUGAGGAUUUACCAACGGAAGUUUGCUCCUUUUCAAUUGCAUCAUCCGGGAAGCGGUGUUUGUUGGAGAACUUCGAGAACAACAAUGGAGAGACGGAAUAUCAAUGCAGAACAUCGGAAGUGGUGGUGGAGAGGAUGUCGGAGUAUAUCGAGACUGAUGAAUGUGUUAAGGUUUGUGGUGUUGAUCGGAACUCAGUCGGAAUCUCUUCUGACACCUUGCUCGAGGCACAGUCUGUCUCCACAAUAUGCUCCGCCGCAUGCUACCAAAACUGCCCCAACAUCGUUGAUCUUUAUGUCAAUCUGGCCGCCGGAGAAGGAGUGUUUUUGCCUGACAUGUGUGAGAAGCAAAGAAGCAACCCUCGUCGUGCGAUGGUUGAGCUUUUGAGCUCUGGUGCUGCCGCCGGUCCCAUAGCUAGUGCAAACCUUGUUAAUGCUGCCGCUCCUGUUUCCAUUUAAACCUAGUCUAGAUGUUUGAUUUUGGAGUUAUCUUUUUUUUUUUUUUUUUUUUUAAUUUUAUAAAUUUGUUGUAGAGGAGAUGGAGGAAUAAAUGGCUGGAUAGAUGUAGAGAAAGUAUUUUGAGUUAAAGACAUGGGAGUCUCUUUGUUUUGAAUAUGUUUAUCAUAUCAUCAAUAAAUGAUGUUGCAUAUCGUUCACAUAACAAA